AUGGCUGUUGUUAUUUUGACAAUGAUGACUGUUGGUUAUUAUUCAAAGGCAGGGGAAUAUCUUUUUCCCUUUUUUAAUUGGAUUAAUCGAAGGUGUCCUAUUCCUCGAGGAUAUUUGUUUAACCGUCACAUAACAAGCUGAUUUUUCAAAAAAUAUUCUUUUGAUUAAUUCGAUUAAAAAAAGGGAAAACAGAAAAAAAAUUCGAGUAUUCUUUGUUGGAUAAAAUAAGAGACAGCCCCCAGUUC